CCGGAGUAGCUCCGCGCUCCCAGAAUGCACCGGUAGUCCGCGGGAAACCAAAAUGGCGAAGGGCUGUAGCGAAGUGGUCUGUGUUUAAGGCUGGUGCGAGAACGCACAUUCUCUUCCCCAACCCUCGUCCCCAAGGAAUUCGGUGUGUGUGUGCGUGUGCGCAGGGCUCCCGCUGGGGCGGGUGCCCAGUGAGUGCCGGGACUCGCGGAGAAGCGCCCACAGGAACGUGAUUGCUUCUAUUUUCCUGUAUGAAGCGGUUGGCACCACUUAAGUGACCGAAUGAGAAAGGGUUAACUGAGGCGAGAAGACCCACCCUGACUAUGUAAGGCCACCAUACUUUUGGGCUGGGGUCCUGGAUUGAGUUAGAUGGAAGAAGCAAGCUGAGCAUGAACACUGAUCUUCCUGACUGCAGAUAUCAGUGCGAUGACUGUCUCCUGCUUCUACUAUGCCUCCCCUUCCAUGAUGGACUGUACUCUGAAACUCUGCCGAGUGGUUCAUCAUGGACUAGAGUAGUGGCAAGGGUACUGGAAACGUGAUUGUGGUGGAGGUGUCAUGGCUGAUGGCUGUUACCAGAGAAGAGGAGGGAAAUUGGAGCGGCACAAUAGAGGGAUGAAAGUUCCUACUAGGGAGAGACUCUACAGGAGUAGGUAAUUCACUGGUCCACAAGCGGUCUCCUUUACGUCGAAACCAAAAGGCCUCAGCACCCUUGAAUAAGCUGUCUUUACAGGAUGGACAUAAAGCCAAAAAACCAGCAUGUAAAUUUGAAGAGGGUCAAGAUGUCUUAGCUAGAUGGUCAGAUGGCUUGUUUUAUCUUGGAACUAUCAAAAAGAUAAACAUAUUGAAACAGAGCUGCUUCAUCAUAUUUGAGGACAGUUCUAAAUCCUGGGUUCUCUGGAAGGACAUCCAAACAGGAGCCACUGGGAGUGGGGAAAUGGUCUGUACAAUAUGUCAAGAAGAGUACUCAGAAGCUCCCAAUGAGAUGGUGAUAUGUGAUAAGUGUGGUCAAGGGUAUCACCAGCUUUGUCACACACCUCAUAUUGACGCGAGUGUGAUUGAUUCAGAUGAAAAGUGGCUUUGUCGACAGUGUGUUUUUGCAACAACAACAAAGAGGGGUGGUGCGCUUAAGAAAGGACCAAAUGCCAAAGCAUUGCAAGUCAUGAAGCAGACAUUACCCUAUAGUGUGGCCGACCUUGAAUGGGAUGCAGGUCAUAAAACCAAUGUCCAGCAGUGCUACUGCUAUUGUGGAGGCCCUGGAGACUGGUAUUUAAAGAUGCUGCAGUGCUGCCGAUGUAAGCAGUGGUUUCAUGAGGCUUGUGUCCAAUGCCUCCAGAAGCCAAUGCUGUUUGGAGAUAGGUUUUAUACAUUUAUUUGCUCUGUCUGCAGUUCUGGACCAGAAUACCUCAAACGCCUACCAUUACAGUGGGUAGAUAUAGCACACCUAUGCCUUUACAACCUAAGUGUUAUUCACAAGAAGAAGUACUUUGAUUCUGAACUUGAGCUUAUGACAUACAUUAAUGAGAACUGGGAUAGAUUGCACCCUGGAGAGCUGGCAGACACACCCAAAUCUGAAAGAUAUGAACAUGUUCUGGAGGCAUUAAAUGAUUACAAGACCAUGUUUAUGUCUGGGAAGGAAAUAAAGAAGAAGAAGCAUUUGUUUGGGUUGCGAAUUCGUGUUCCUCCUGUGCCACCAAAUGUGGCUUUCAAAGCAGAGAAAGAACCUGAAGGAACAUCCCAUGAAUUUAAAAUUAAAGGCAGAAAGGCAUCCAAACCUAUAUCUGACUCAAGGGAAGUAAGCAAUGGGAUAGAAAAAAAAGGAAAGAAAAAAUCCGUAGGUCGCCCUCCUGGCCCAUAUACAAGAAAAAUGAUUCAGAAAGCCGCUGACCUCCCAUUGGAUAAGGAAUCAGUUUCAGAGAAUCCUACGUUGGAUUUACCUUGUUCUAUAGGGAGAACUGAGGGAAUUGCACAUUCAUCCAAUACCUCAGAUGUGGACCUCACGGGUGCUUCCAGUGCAAAAGAAACUACCUCGUCUAGCAUUUCCAGGCAUUAUGGAUUAUCUGACUCUAGAAAAAGAACUCGCACAGGAAGAGCGUGGCCUGCUGCAAUACCACAUUUGCGGAGAAGGAGAGGCCGCCUGCCACGAAGAGCACUCCAGACUCAGAACUCAGAAGUUGUAAAAGAUGAUGAAGGCAAAGAAGAUUAUCAGUUUGAAGAACUUAACACAGAAAUCCUGAAUAACUUAGCAGAGCAGGAGUUACAGCUCAAUCACCUGAAAAACUCUAUCACUAGUUAUUUCGGUGCCGCGGGUAGAAUAGCGUGUGGCGAAAAAUACAGAGUUUUGGCUCGUCGGGUGACACUUGAUGGGAAGGUGCAGUAUCUUGUGGAGUGGGAAGGAGCGACUGCAUCCUGACUGUAGGACUGAACAUUAUGUUCACUGCACUCGUUUUUGGUUGGUACAA